AUGCUGACGUACAGUGCUGACGUUCUAUUAGACGAACCUCUUUCUCCUACGGAACGUACUGUGUCGCCAUCCUAUAUAUUUGCAGUCAUUGGGAAUCAGGGCUGGACUUACUUUGGGCUCUUUCUCAGAAGUCUGAAGAACGCAGAUGGGACAAAGACGUGGACCAUUGCCAAAGUGAACGCAAUUCCUAUCGGUGGAAGUGCCAUACAAGUGGUGUUCGUCUGGUUUUGGGCGUUUCUUUCGGAUCAUCUACAGACCCGCUGGCCGCUGAUCAUAGUUCAGCUUACUAUCGGCCUGAUCCCUGCGAUAACCAUGAGCGUUUGGACAUCUCAUCCUGAGACCGUUAGUCUACCAGCAGCUUACGCCAGCUAUUUCAUCAAUUUUAUGGUUCUGGGGACAGCUCCGUUGAUCUUCUCGUGGCUUGCAGACAUGAUCCGAAAUCACCCAGAGGCACGAGCGCUCAUUGUGGGCGCCACUAUCGCUGCGGACUAUGCCAUUGCUGCAUGGUCUAACUUCCUCAUGUGGCCGGCAAAGCAGGCUCCCCAUUACAAGUAUGGCUGGGAAGCUGGUGCCGCUCUGUUGACAACAGCCAUUAUCAUGACCUGUGUUUUACGAUAUUUUGACGCUCGCUACUUCAGGAAGCGAAGGGAGGAGUACGCUGCAGCUCUGGAAGGAGUGGUCAGGGUUGAUGAUGCACAAGUGGUUGAUGAAAAGAAGAAGGAAGGGUUGGGGGACGUGAAAGAUGGAGCUGAAUAUUGCGGUGAUGUGAAAGCAGGUCCCAGUACAAAGCAGUUGGAGAUGACGCUUGUAAAGUGA